UAAAGUAGUGUCAAUCAAACGUUAUAGAAAGAUUGCUGACGGUGACUAAUGAAAAAGCGAUCCAAAAAGUGUAGGUGAAAAUUAUAAAGCUACAAAUUGUAAUUCAAUUACAAGAAAUACGUAUUAAAAUAUUUAGGAAAAAGUUACUUCAAGAGCCAAAAUAAUUGAGUGAGAAAAGUUUAUUAAAAGUGCAUUGAAAAUAAAAAACCCAACCCAAAGCAAAGAGGUCAGCAGUAAAAAAAAGAAAGCAACUACGCCAACGUCGACGAAGAUAAGUGCAAGAAGAAUAAGUAAAGGAGUGAACUAUAAGCAACAUUUUAAGAAAGGGCUGUAAAGCUUAUAUUUAAAAAAUGUCAUCCGGCGAGUUUGGUAAUCCCCUGCGCAAAUUUAAGCUUGUGUUCCUUGGCGAGCAGAGUGUCGGUAAGACUUCGCUGAUCACACGCUUCAUGUACGAUAGCUUCGACAAUACUUAUCAGGCGACAAUUGGUAUUGAUUUUCUUUCGAAAACUAUGUACCUUGAAGAUCGAACCGUGCGACUGCAAUUAUGGGAUACUGCCGGCCAAGAACGCUUUCGUUCACUUAUCCCCUCAUAUAUUCGCGACUCUACUGUAGCCGUUGUUGUCUACGAUAUAACAAAUACAAAUUCUUUCCACCAAACCUCCAAAUGGAUUGAUGACGUUCGCACGGAAAGAGGUAGUGACGUCAUUAUCAUGUUAGUAGGCAACAAGACAGACUUAUCGGACAAACGACAGGUGUCCACCGAAGAGGGUGAACGCAAAGCAAAAGAGCUGAAUGUGAUGUUUAUCGAGACGAGCGCGAAGGCCGGUUAUAAUGUGAAGCAGCUGUUUAGACGUGUAGCGGCUGCGUUGCCUGGAAUGGAUUCGACAGAAAAUAAACCCUCGGAAGAUAUGCAAGAGGUUGUGCUGAAAGAUUCACCAAAUGAAUCAAAGGAUCCCGAGGGUGGUUGUGCCUGCUGAAGAAUCAACGAAUGUAGUGAACGAUCUAAAAACAUAUUAAAAACAAUUAUAUAAUUAGCAGUCUAGAGCACUGAAUGGUAAUUUAACAGUAUGAAGAUGACGAUGUAGAAAAGUAUAAAAAGGCUUAAGAAGAGAUACACAAUUUUAUGUUUAAGUUUAUUUAUAACGUAAAUAAAACUAAAAUCGAUUAACUGAAUAAUCAAUUGAUCUUUAUGAUGGAUAGUAGGCGCAUAAAAGCAUUUAAUAUAUAUGAUUAAAUAUGAUAUCAUUAUAUUACAACUAGUACUGAAACGGUCUGAAGAACAAAUGCUGAAUUAGAUGCUGAAAUUGUCAAGCAUUUUUCAGCCGAGAACGAUUGGUAGUUGGUGGGAUUAGCUGAUAGUUUUUUGCUUACAGAGUAAAAGCACCAUUAAUACAACUAAGCAUUUGAAUAAUUGUGAAUCAUAAAAUUUCAUAAAUACAUACAUAUUUAUGUAGCUUAAGAUAUUGUGAAAUGAUCAUAAAAAUGCCAGCCUACUUAAAAGCAUAAUAUGCAAAUGCACCUUACACUUAUGAAGCAUAUAAAAUUGCUAGAAAUUCAAGAGCCAUAGCGCUCACGUACACCUACUUGAAAUGCAUUUGCAACUUCCAGAGAUACAAUUUUGCCGAGUGUGUAUUUUUAAGAAAAUUAUUUAACUUUUAUAUUUCGUUGCACAGACCUCGUUUUAUGGUAAACACACAAUUUGUAAACUUUAAAAGUCUUUGUUUUAAUAUCUGCCUACCUAAAAUUAUGCAUAAUCUUUCAAUCCUGAUGUCUGUAACUAUACUUAUGUAUAUGUUUUUAGUCAUAUAUAAUUUGAACUUGGCUUGGGUAAACUAACCAUAAAGAGAUAAAUGAAAAAGGGAAAUAAUGUGCACAAAUGGUACGCAAAUAAUAUUUACUUAAUAAUAAGAAACUGCUGAAUUUGACAAGUUAGUGUAUACAAAAGACGAAGCAUACAUAUGAACUUUAUUGUGUUGAAAAAUAGGUAAUUUGUUUUUUUUUAUUCGGUAUUGUUUACACAGAUUACAUUAGCUAUAUAUGUAGAUAAAUACAUAUUGGUAUAGUCCGCUAAUUUUUUACAAUCGAUACAUAGAUUUUUCACUUGGAGGCACUUAUAUACAAUACAAUUUUAUAAACAUAACUUUUAAAAUUGCUUAACACAUUCCUGUUUAUUUUAUUGUGUUACUAUCUAAUUUGUAUUGUAUGUAACUAUUAUUGUCUUUUAAUACUCAAUUGAGUUAUCUACUUAAAAUAAUUGAACAAUUUUAAAUUUGCUGAUUGAGCUUCAAAGAUGGUAGAACCACAAUUUACACAAUUUUAUAAACCUAACCGCUCAUAAAAUAAAUUUUAAGUUGAGUCGCUGAAAUAUUUAUAAAAAAUGCUUGUUGCGUUGGUUUUUGUCAAACUCGGAUUCAUAGUUUUGGUUCCUCACACUUGUAAAAAAUAUAUGUUAUAUUGAGUUUUUAGUAAUUAUUCAGUCAAUUUUUUUCAAAGACAUGAGGAAGUUAAAAAAAUACCAAACAUUUAUUUAUCAGUACCUGUUGUUGCUAUUCAUAUUUUUACUUCCUCCAGUUUUAUUAUAAGUUCUGCCUAAAAAUAUUUAGACUGUAAAAAAUGCAUCUAUACGUAGGUUUGCUCACCGGCUACCACUGUGUGUUCAAGCAUAUGAAGAUUAAAGCAAUGUCUCGCUGAAAAAUAACGAAUUAUAUAGUUAAUUGCAAAACCGAGCGUCACAUUACUUUUAAAUACACAUAUUCAGCCUAACACAACUAAAAAAUUAAAACCAAAUGAAAAAAUAAAAACGAAAUGAUUUAAUAAUAUUACAACAAUUUGGGUCAUCUUAUUAUCAAUGACAUGCAAAAAGCACAUUAUAAAAUUUGACUAGCUUCGAAUUAAUGGCCGCCAAAAUUAAAAUUCUAAUGCAGCUUAACAAUAGCAUUAAUUAAAUUAUGAGAUUGCGAUCUUUGUAGUAAAAAGCAAAUAACUACCACAAGUAUAUGAAAAUUAAAUGAAACAUUUUAAGCAAAUUACACAUUAAGUUAAAGCAUUUGAAUGAUCAGUGGAAAUUGCACUUGCUACGUGAAAAUAUUUUUAAAGGAAUAACAUAUUUGCAAUAAAGUUUUUUGAAAUACAUAAUCCAUUAUCUAGUUUUGUUGUUUCGUACAUUUUCCAUGUAAGUAGGAAAGUAGAAACAAAAAAAAAAAAAGUACAAAAAUAACACUCAGACCCUACGUAAAUUGCUUACAUUCCACCAGAUUAAAAAAGAACCUUUAUACAUACGUGAAUUCGUUGACACAAACUUUUUACAGCACCAGUAAUGACAGUUUCUUAAGUGUGUUACGUUCUUAAGGUUAAAUAUAAUGUAGGAAGUAAUUAUUAAUAUUUAAAAGUAAGCUAAAUCUACUGUAUGGCAACCUCAUACAACGAACAUGUUGUAAGAAAACGAAAUUUUUGUUACCUUCGCGUCGUCCUUGUGCAGCUAGCGUUAUUUGACAUUUACCGGUUGAGCUGAGCAAAUACGCGUGGCUGCGAGUCUUUCCUAUUAUACAAUUUUAUAACUACAAUUAUAAAUAACUAGGAGCAACAUUUAUGGUAUUUGAUAAUUCAUAUGACUGCGCAUUGUUUGAUACUGACAAAAGUACUUCACAUGGAAAGGACAGCAAUCGACAAAAGCUUAUUGGCGAAAUAUGUGGAAAAUAUGUACAGACUCAUGCGCAUUAUUUGAUACUGACAAAAGUACUUCACAAGGAAAAGACAACAAUCGACAGGAACUUAUUGGCGAAAUUUGUGAAAAAUAUGUGCAGACUCAUGCAAACACGAUACGCGCUUAUUGCUUAAAAUGUACCCAAAGGAUUAUAUAUUUAUAAUUUCAUUUUAUUGCACUAAGUGCAUGAACAUAUGAUUAUUUCAUUAAAGCUUUUAUUUAUUUAGCUAUUUUUAAAUGCAAUGGGAAUUCGUUUCAUAAAAACGCCUAUUUGCGUUCAUGUUUUUCUAUUUCAUCUUUAAAUAUACGUUGGUUCUGUUAA